AACCCAAUUCCUACAUAUUCAACAUAGGCCAAAGCUCCAAUAUUUUUUCUCUUUCUUUACCUUAAUUUCUCCAGUGUUUUCCGAUAUGGGAAUCCAAUUAGCAGGCCUAGUACAUGCAAAGCAAAAGCUCCAGAGAACUCUCUCGGGACGAAUUAGAAAUGUGUUGGCAAAUGCAAAUGUUCCUAAGGGACACAUUGCAGUGUGUGUUGGAGAAGGAAACCAGAGACGAUUUGUGAUUCCAAUAUCUUACUUGAAACAUCCGCUAUUCCAAGACCUACUGAAUCGAGCUGAGGAAGAAUUUGGAUUCAAUCAUCCUACCGACAGCCUCACCAUUCCAUGCGGUGAAGAAUACUUCAUUAGUCUCAUUACAACCCAGCUGCUCAUAGAUGGCCAUGCCAUAGCCAAGGCAAAGCCAAAAAGGCAGUCUCUUCAAAUUUGUUUUACUUUGCAAUUCUGGAUAAUUGAAUUUCCUCUGGAUAUUCUCCAAUUUGUAGAUAAAUUACUGACAAAAUAAAAUUAUCAUUCUUUGCCGUUAAAAUUUAAAACUACACAUUUAUCUGUGUGCAUAUUUACUGUCAGAAAUACAUUACCUAUACUAAC